AUGGUGGCCGCUGGCUUCCUCUGUGGUCUGACCGGUGUGGAGAACCGAAUUGGACCGCCACCUUCCCCCGUCUCAAACCCAGAAUUCAGCACUGAGUACAGUGAUUGCACAGCUGGCAGGAGCCCACAGAACCCGCAGCGCUGUCCCAACUGCGGGACCUCUCGGAGCUGUGGGGUGGGGGGUGGGGGGGAGUGGGAGGAAGUUGGAAACCAGGUUCCUGUUCCAAUGGAGAUCCGCGCUGAUAGCCACGCCCACCAAAAAUGGAUUGAGAUUUUCUGGGCCACCCAACUGACUCUAAACUGGUUAAGUAGCAGUUUGAAGAAAAUUCGUUCGGUCUCCGAAUUCAAUCCUUUGACGUUCACCAGUGUAAUCGAGUGUGAGAAGCCAAACAAUGACCUGACUAGGUUUCGUGGUUGCAUCAUACACAAUAAUGGGAAGAAGGCUGGACUGUACAAGGAAAACCUGCUGCUGCGAGGGUGUACCAUCAGGAAUACAGAAGCAGUAGUUGGCAUCGUCAUCUAUGCAGGACACGAAACCAAGGCUCUGCUGAACAACAGCGGGCCCCGCUACAAGCGCAGCCAACUUGAGAGGCAGAUGAACUGCGACGUGCUCUGGUGUGUCCUUCUCCUCGUUUGUAUGUCUCUGUUUUCAGCGGUCGGACAUGGAUUGUGGGUACAGCGGUAUCAAGAUAAGAAAGCAUUAUUUGAUGUCCCUGAGUCUGACGGCAGUUCUUUAUCCCCAGUCACAGCAGCAGUUUACUCAUUUUUGACAAUGAUAAUAGUUCUGCAGGUUUUGAUCCCUAUUUCCUUAUAUGUUUCCAUUGAAAUUGUUAAAGUUUGCCAAGUGUACUUCAUUAACCAGGAUAUAGAGUUGUACGAUGAAGAGACAGAUUCUCAGCUGCAGUGUCGGGCUCUGAACAUCACGGAAGACUUAGGGCAGAUACAGUAUAUCUUCUCAGACAAAACUGGCACUUUAACUGAGAAUAAAAUGGUUUUCCGAAGAUGCACAGUGUCUGGCAUAGAAUAUUCUCAUGAUGCAAAUGCCCAGCGUCUGGCCAGAUACCAGGAGGCAGACUCAGAAGAGGAGGAGGUGCCCAGGGGGGGCUCAUCCCAGCGUGGCAGUAUUGGGAGCCACCAGAGUGUCCGGAUCCUACACAGGAGUCAGAGUACAAAGUCCUACUGGCGCACAGGCAGCCGGGCUGAGGCCAAGAGGGCUAGCAUGCUGUCCAAGCACACGGCUUUCAGCAGCCCCAUGGAGAAAGACAUUACACCUGAUCCAAAGCUGUUAGAGAAGGUGAGCGAGUGUGACAGGUACCUGGCCAUAUCAAGGCACCAGGAGCACCCUCUGGCCCAACUCUCUCCAGAGCUGUCUGACGUCUUUGAUUUCUUCAUUGCGCUUACCAUCUGCAAUACAGUAGUGGUCACAUCCCCGGAUCAGCCACGACAGAAGGUGAGGGUAAGGUUUGAGCUGAAAUCUCCAGUGAAGACAAUAGAAGAUUUCCUCCGGAGGUUCACGCCCAGCCGCCUGACCUCUGGCUGCAGCAGCAUCGGGAGCCUGGCUACCACCAAGUCCAGCCACAAAUCAGGGUGCAGCUUCAUGUCCACUCUGUCCAACGACAGCAUGCUUUUGAGGCUGGAGGAGAGGCUGGGCCAGCCCACACCAGCCAUUGCCAGCAAUGGCUACAGCACCCCCGCAGACAGCUGGGAACCCAACUCCCCCCAGGAGCCUCAGCCAAAGCAGGAGCUGAGGUUUGAGGCCGAGAGCCCAGACGAGGCAGCACUGGUGUAUGCGGCCAAGGCCUACAACUGUGCACUGGUGGAUCGGCUACAUGACCAGGUGUCAGUGGAGCUGCCCCACCUAGGAAGGCUCACUUUUGAACUCCUGCACACGCUCGGCUUUGACUCCAUUCGCAAGAGGAUGUCUGUGGUGAUCCGGCACCCACUCACCGAUGAGAUCAAUGUCUACACCAAGGGGGCUGACUCAGUAGUCAUGGAUCUCCUGCUGCCCUGCUCCUCAGAUGACGCCAGAGGAAAGCAUCAAAACAAGAUCCGAAGCAAAACACAGAAUUACCUCAACCUGUAUGCAAUGGAAGGCCUGCGUACCUUGUGCAUCGCCAAGAGGGUUCUGAGCAAAGAAGAGUAUGCCUGUUGGUUGCAAAGCCACUUAGAAGCAGAAUCAUCUGUGGACAACCGAGAGGAGCUCCUUUUCCAAUCUGCCAUUCGCCUUGAGACGAAUCUGCAUCUAUUGGGUGCCACAGGAAUCGAAGACCGCCUACAGGAUGGAGUCCCUGAAACUAUCACUAAAUUGCGUCAAGCAGGCCUACAGAUUUGGGUUCUCACUGGUGACAAACAAGAAACAGCCAUUAACAUUGCAUAUGCCUGCAAACUUCUGGACCAUGAUGAAGAAGUCAUCACGCUAAACGCCGAAUCCCAGGAAGCCUGUGCAGCCCUGCUGGAUCAGUGUCUGCACCACGUGCAGUCCAGGGGUUCCCACAGGCCCCCUGAGAAGACCGAAAGCUCUGUGAAUGUGGGAUUCUCCCCUCUGUACCUGGCCUCCACCACACCCACUGUCUCUGGCCCCAGCCCAAGCCUUGUGAUUGAUGGAAGAAGUUUGGCCUAUGCCCUUGAGAAAAACCUGGAGGACAAAUUUCUUUUCCUCGCCAAGCAGUGCCGCUCAGUUCUCUGCUGUCGGUCAACCCCUCUGCAGAAAAGUAUGGUGGUAAAGCUGGUCAGAAGCAAGCUGAAGGCCAUGACCCUGGCAAUAGGUGAUGGAGCCAAUGAUGUCAGCAUGAUCCAGGUGGCAGACGUGGGUGUGGGCAUAUCAGGCCAGGAGGGCAUGCAGGCAGUGAUGGCCAGUGACUUUGCAGUGCCAAGAUUCCGAUACUUGGAGAGACUCUUAAUUGUCCAUGGACAUUGGUGCUACUCCCGACUGGCCAACAUGGUGCUGUAUUUCUUCUACAAAAACACAAUGUUCGUGGGCCUCCUGUUUUGGUUCCAGUUUUACUGUGGUUUCUCUGCAUCUGCAAUGAUUGACCAAUGGUAUCUAAUCUUCUUUAAUCUACUAUUCUCGUCACUUCCCCAGCUUGUGACUGGGGUGCUGGACAAGGAUGUACCAGCCCAUGUGCUGCUUUUGAAGCCACAGCUCUACAAGAGUGGCCAGAAUAUGGAGGAAUAUCGGCCACGUGCCUUCUGGUUAAACAUGGUUGAUGCUGCCUUCCAGAGCUUGGUUUGUUUUUUCAUUCCUUACCUGGCCUACUAUGACUCAGAUGUGGACAUGUUUACUUGGGGAACCCCCAUCACAGCAAUCGCACUGUUCACUUUCCUGCUGCACCUGGGUAUUGAAACCAGAACCUGGACCUGGCUCAACUGGACAGCUUGUGUCUUUAGUAUCUUUUUAUUUUUCACCGUGGCUUUGAUUUACAAUGCUUCCUGUGCAACAUGUUAUCCUCCAUCUAACCCUUAUUGGACCAUGCACACAUUACUGGGAGACCCCGUGUUCUACUUGAUUUGCCUCAUAGCACCUAUCACUGCAUUGCUGCCCAGAUUGUUUUUCAAAGCCCUCCAGGGGAGCCUCUUCCCAACCCAACUUCAGCUGGCACGCCAGUCAGCCAAGAAAUUUCCCAAGAAACCCAAAACUCCCAAAGAAAUCUUAGUUCAGAAACAUUUCCCUGGAGACCCAAAAACAGAGCUCUCGGAAGGGAUGACCAUGAGUCCCUCCGAGACCCUCUCCAAGGACUGUGCCUCAGAAGCUUCUCAGAACACACAGCAGCCAUCCUGCUCCCUAAAGACCAGCAGGGAGCUCAGCACAGUGGACAUAAGCAUGCCAUUGAGAGAGGACACCAUGCAGGAGGGACUGGAUGCUCAGGCCCCGGGAUCCUCCAGGCCAGUGGAGGCUGUUUUAGAAGCAUGUCCUGAGGACUCCAAGAGGAAACCCACCAGUACCAGCCAGGAACCCCCUCUAUCGUCCCUCUUCAACCUGCCCAGUUUCGGUUCACCCAACUGGAUCUCCUCCCUCUCAAUGGUCGGUGGGCUGGGAAGUGUCUUCCAGUUCUCCAGAAGUAGUUUACACAUGGACAAGCAGGAUGGAGAGUUCCUGCCCAGCCCCCCACAGCCAGAUCAGGACUUACAUGGCUUACAGGGACAGGACACAGACUACUUCUAGGAUCACCUUCAAGGGACAGCAGCAGAACGUCACAGUGAAAACCUUGAAAUGGCCUUUUAUAUAUAUAUAACGUAGAUAUUAAUAUUAUUUAUGUUUAUUAUUUGCACAGAAGAGUUCUAGGGAGAUAUAUUUUUAAAUGUUUCCAAGGUUAACACAGGAAAC